AUCGCUGUGACUAUGUCUUUGUCAAUGGCAAAGAGAUGAAGGGCAAGGUGAAUGCGGUGGUGAACUUCACCUACCAGCACCUGAGUGCCUCCCUGCACAUCACCGUGUGGGUGCCCCGACUACCCCUGCAGAUUGAGGUCUCUGAUACAGAACUGAGCCAGAUCAAAGGCUGGAGGGUCCCCAUUGUGGCCAGUAAGAGGCCCACGCGAGAGAGCGAGGAUGAAGACGAGGAGGAGCGGCGGGGCCGUGGCUGCUCCCUGCAGUAUCAGCACGCCACUGUGCGCGUCCUCACCCAGUUCGUGGCCGAGGGCGCUGGCCCGUGGGGCCAGCUGAGCCACCUGCUCGGUCCUGAUUGGCAGGUCGACAUCACCCACCUGGUUGCAGGCUUCAUGAAGCUGGAGGAACCUCACGUGGCCACCCUCCAGGACAGCAGGGUCCUGGUCGGGCGGGAGGUCGGGAUGACCACCAUCCAGGUGCUGUCCCCGCUGUCCGACUCCAUCCUGGCAGAGAAGACGGUAACUGUGUUAGAUGAGAAAGUAUCAGUGACGGACUUGGCCAUCCAGCUCGUGGCUGGGCUGUCGGUCACCCUCCACCCCAGCACAGAGAACAGCAAGGCCAUCACCGCUGUGGCCACAGCUGAGGAGCUGCUGCGGACCCCCAAACAGGAAGCCGUGCUCAGCACUUGGCUCCUGCUCAGCGACGGCUCCGUGACGCCGCUGGACAUCUACGACACCGGGGACUUCACCCUGACCGCCACCUCCCUGGACGAGACCGUCGUGUCCAUCCCCCAGGCCCGCUCUCCCAGGUGGCCGGUGGUGACGGCCGAAGGCGAGGGCCAGGGGCCCCUGCUGCGGGUGGACAUGACCAUCGCGGAGGCCUGCCAAAAGUCCAAACGCAAGAGCGUCCUGGCCGUGGGCGUGGGCAGCGUCAGGGUCAAGUUUGGCCAGAAUGACGCUGACUCCAGCCCCGGCGGCGGCGGGGACAGCGACGAGGGCGAGAUCAAGAACCACGCCAGCGACCGCCGGCAGAAGGGCCAGGAGCCCGAGGGGCCCGUCCACGGCAGCUCCUCCGUGGAGCUCGAGGAAGGGGCCCUCCAGAGAGGCGGCACCACGGCCAGGCCGCUGCUGGACAACAGGGUGGUGAAGAGCAGCCGGCCGGACGCGGGCAGGCCGUCCGGGGAGGGCCAGCUGCAGAACAUCCCCCUGGACUUCGCCAACUUCCCGGCCCGGGUGGACCUGCCCCGGGCGGGGGGCGGGCUGGGGGCCAGCGACCUGGUGCAGACGCCCCGCGGCCUGAGCGACCUGGAGAUCGGCAUGUACGCCCUGCUGGGCGUCUUCUGCUUGGCCAUCCUCGUCUUCCUCAUCAACUGCGCCACCUUUGCCCUCAAGUACCGACACAAGCAGGUGUCGCUGGCAGGCCAGGCCUCCGUGACCCACUCGCACGACUGGGUGUGGCUGGGCAACGAAGCCGAGCUCCCAGAGCCCGUGGUGGAGGGGUUUCCGCCGCGGGGCGAGCACACGACCGUCCUGGGCCACGCGCCGGGCGGCAGCGAGGAGAGCAGUCGUCUGCUGGUCAACGGUGGCGCCCAGCAGCACGUGCAAGGCCAGGUGCACCGGCCGGACUCGGCGGCCGGGCCGGCCAGGGACCCGAAGCUCGAGCCCCUGCACUCGCCCACCUCCAAAAGGAAGAAGGUGAAGUUCACCACCUUCACCACCAUCCCGCCGGACGACGGCUGCCCCACCGUGAACUCCAUCCUGGGCGGCGGCGGCGAGGACAUCAAGUGGGUGUGCCAGGACGUGGCCGCGGGCGCCCCCGAGGAGCUCAGAAACUACCUGGAGAAAUUCAAGGGCCAGGCGUAGGCCCCUGUGGUGCGGGGCGCCGCGCUCGUUUCCAGAGUGGGUCUGGCCCGGGCGUCGGGGGCGCCU